AUGUUACCACUGUACCUAUUUCUGAUAUUAUUACCGUCAUCAUUAGCCCAAAGUUUUAAUCGAAGUCAUUUGGGAUUCCCCGAAUCAUGGGAUGGAGACAAAUACCGAGAAUUGUAUUGUCCAAGCAAAAACAUUCCAAAAUGGAUUGAUGGUUACUUUCUGUGCCAAUUAUCUGCAUCUUAUGGUAACUCAUCUGCUCCAUUGGGUAAGAAACUCAAUCACAUGAUUGAUGCUAUCGGAGCUGUAGGAUCAUUCCAUAUUAGCAACGGACAAGUUGUAUUUUCUGCUCAAUAUUAUCCAGCUAGACCGUACAAAAUCUGGGAGUUCUAUGAUCGUAAUAUGAGCAAAGCCAACGUUCCGUGGGCAGGAUGGUCCGAUUACAAUUUGACUGCAAUGUCUCGUUGGGAGCAAGUUCCAGCUAACCCCGAUUCAGCGAGAUUCCAUCCAAAUCUUGAUUUCUGGAAGGUUGGAAAUCGUAUUAUUGCUGGAACUGAAGCACCGUAUUGGGUUGGAUACGAGUUUGAUGUUCGAACCCUUCAAAAAUUCAAACUGUUCCCAUUCAAAGAGGAAAAUGACAUUUUCUCAACGCCAAGACACACAAUGAUACCAAUUUCGAUGGCAAUCCAUGAAAGAAAUGAUCCAGAUGGUACGAUUUGGGGUUCAUUUUCGGCGAUGAACUUUGAAGAACAGCGGUUCUACCAAGGAAUCUUCACCGUAGACACGAAUGGUGUUCGCCGCGUUGUCGGAUUGUAUGAUUACGGAGUAUGGGACACGAAUGCAUGCGGAAGUAACGAUGAGUACAUUGGGGAUAAGACUUUGCUUCCUGGUUACAUUCAUUCCAUUACAUCUACUGAGAACUUCAUCAUUCUUCCGAUCACAUCUCUCCUGAUAAACCCUUGCAAGUUCAAAGAGCCUCCAUUGAGCAAUGUUCGAUCUGCUAUACAAAAGGGCGGACUGUGGGGAAUGGACUUCUAUGACAUGGUACCAAUGAGAUUCCUUAUUUUCAACAAAAAGACAUUCGAAUUUACUACUCCAAAACCUCUUGAAGUUUUUCCAUCAAUGUUCAUCACUCAUCAGCUAAAUGCGUUUGAAGCCGAGGAUGGAAAUCUUGUUGCUGACAUGGUUGUGUAUGAUUCCCAUGAUCCGUACGUUAAAUACUUCUACACCGAUUUCCUCACCAAGCAACUUUAUCCAAGCACUGCCCGAGUACUACGUUUUACACUUGACAGCAAGAAGCAACGCGUAAUGUACAACUACCUCAUUCCCCAGGAAACCGUCUCCGCCGAUUUCCCACAAAUCAAUCACAAUUACGAGCAGAAAGCUUACCAAUGGGCUUACAUUGUACAACACCCAUUCGCAUCUGGAAACAGCAUUUUGAAAAUCAAUGUCGAUGAACCAGCUGGUGAACGUAACUUGGAGUUCCGUGCUGAGGCUAGCUUGGUUAUCCAUGAGCCAUGGUUUGUCCAGAAACCAGACACAAAGAAAGAAGACGAGGGUGUCUUGUUGGUCCGUGGUUUGGACACCGCUGAAAACAAAGGCGUACUUUUGGUUAUUGAUGCUGAAAAUAUGGUUGAACUUGGAAGGGCUUAUGUGCCAAUUUCAAUUCCUUUCGGAUUCCACAAUAGAUUCUUCUCAAAGAAAGACCUUGGCCUACCCGAAGGAUUCCAAGUAAUGGCUAGUCAAUUCAGACCAAUGGAGAAGAAGCAUGGUUUCGCCACCUUACCUUUGCGAAAGGUGUCGACAGUAAUGCCGACAACGUCGACAGAGUCAUCAACUGCAAAAUCAACAACAACGACAACCACUCCUAAGACAACAACGCGAUCAACAACAUCAACAAGUACAACAACCACUACAACUACGACUACCACUCCAAAACCAACAACGAGUCCGAAGACAACAUCGGAAGCACCCGAGACAAUGACAACCCAAACAUGGACAACUCCUUCUACAACUACAACUCAAAGAACAACACCUAAAACUGUUCCAACGACCACGCCCAAGAUUCCACGAUGGUGGCCACUUGCAUCUGGAUCAUCUGAAGCUCCGUGGUGGCAGAAGGUUCAAAGUGGACAAAAUACCCUUCCACCAUUGUUCCCAGUGUCCAAAAGGGUAGAAGAAAAGCAAACUAAAACUGUUGUUACACCAAAUAUUGCUGAGAAUAAGGUCACAGAUCAGAAGUCAGUUGGGUCAACAGGAUCAAUGGAUGACAUUUACAAUCAGACAUUAGACGCUUUGUGCUCCUGGCUACCAAAAGUUUUUAGUUCAAUCUCAAAUGAAUUAUGUUGGAAACAAGGGAAAACUGCUGCGAAAUGGAUGGCCCCAAUUGCCUCAUCGUAUGCCGAACGAUUCCGUAUGGGACGUGCCAAUCGAAAAACUUCUCCCACCGACAGCCCGAACAUCCAGCCAUCUUUAAAACAAAUGGCUUCCGAAGCAGUGCCAACUGAACAAGCGCCUAUUCGUUUUGGAUGA